UAUUCUAAUUUCAAUCAAUUAUAUAUUGUGUUUAGGUUAAAUUCUAAAUUAAUUUUGUAAUAAAUACAACGUAUAUAAAUUUGCAAUUGAUUAUCGGAAUAGUUAAUCUUUUGGGUGUUGUUAAAAAGACAGUUUAUAUACUUACGUGUCAUACAAAUGUGUUUUGUUGUGAAAGUUUGAUGUACGAAAAUAAUUCAAAUUAUUAUUAAAAAAAAGGAAGAAUGUUACAAUUAGAUUAUUAUUUUACAAUGGCGUGGGUGUACGUGGCUUCUGUUGGAUGGUAUAUUGUUGCUUCAUCCAUUGUUUUAUGGUAUACUUAUCCAUAUAUCAAAGAUAAAUAUAUCAAAUGGAAAAUUAAGAAAGACGAGGAAGAAUAUGCAGCCAAAUAUCACAAAAAUCCUGACAUUGCACUGCAGACAGCGUUAAAGAUUGAAGCUGCUAGACAAAAAAUGCAGGAAGAUUAUACGAAACAAACUUUAAUAGUAAAGAAACAAAUGGAAGAAUUGAAGAAAAAGGAAAAAGAAGCUGGUAAUUGUCAAGAUGGUAAUAUUUUGGGUCAUGGAAGUAAAGAUGAAGCAUCAACAUCAAAGGGACCCAAAUCAAAAUCAUUCAAAUCAGAGUAUAAUCCAUUAAUGGGAGACAGUUCUCGAGGCUAUAGGCCACCCAAGCGUAGUUGUUGUGGAAAGGGUGGAUGUGGUUGAUUAUACGAUAAUGUGUGCCAUUGGACAAACCUCCAUUAAUUUGAUCUAUUAUGCAAACAUUUUGAAUUCUUCUUCUUCUUCUUCUUCUUUUUUUUUUUUUUUCGUUUUCUAUUUUAAAUAAAGAAUUAUUGAAAAAAUUU